AUGGCUCAAGCUGUAGAUCUACUGGAUCAGGAUCAGUUCAGCUGUCCAAUCUGUCUGGAUGUACUGAAGGAUCCGGUGACUAUUCCCUGUGGACACAGUUACUGCAUGGGCUGCAUUAAGGGCUGCUGGGAUCAAGAUGAUCGCACUGGUGUCUACAGCUGUCCCCAGUGCAGACAGACCUUCACCCCAAGGCCUGUUCUGGGCAGAAACACCAUACUGGCUGCUAUGUUGGAAAAAUUAAAGAAGAUGGGACUCCAAGCUGCUCCUCCUGCUCACUGUUAUGCUGGACCUGGAGACGUGGCGUGUGAUGUCUGCACUGAGAGAAAGCGCAAAGCUGUGAGGUCCUGUUUGGUGUGUCUGGCCUCUUACUGUGAAACUCACCUCAAACUUCAUAACGACCUUGAUCCAGGAAAGACACAUAAUCUCAUCAAUGCCACUGGACACCUUCAGGAGACUAUUUGUCCUCAACAUAAGAAACUGCUGGAGGUUUACUGUCGUACUGAUCAGCAGUGUAUCUGUUAUCAGUGUACUAUGGAGGAGCACAGAAGCCAUGAUACAGUCUCAGGUGAAGCAGAAAGGACCGAGAAACAGAAGCAGCUGGGGGCGACACAGAGGAAAUUCCAGCAGAGAAUCCAGGAGAGAGAGAAGGAGCUGCAGGAUCUGAGACAGGCUGUGGAGUCACUCACGCGCUCUGCACAGGCAGCAGUGGAGGACAGCGAGAGGAUCUUUACUGAGAUGAUCCGCUCCAUUGAGAGAAGGCAUUCGGAGAUGAAAGAGCUGAUCAGAAAUCAGGAGAAAUCUGCAGUGAGUCGGGCUGAAAGACUCCUGGAGCAACUGGAGCAGGAGAUUGCUGAGCUGAAGAGGAGAGAUGCUGAGCUGGAGCAGCUUUCACACACAGACAAUAACAUCCAUUUCCUCCAGAGUUGUCAGUCUCUCUGUGCCCCUCCUGGACCUGGAGUUGUACCCAGCGUCACUGUAAAUCCACACUUCUGUUUUGACGCUGUGAGGAAAUAUGUCUCUGAACUGAAAGUGCGACUGGAGGACGUCUGCAAGAAGAAACUACUAAACAUGUCUGAAUCAGUGAAAGAAGUCCAUAUUAUAGAGCCCUGGAACAGGCAGGACUUCUUAAAAUAUGCCUGUCAGCUCACACUGGACCCUGACACAGCGCACAGAAACCUCCGUCUGUCUGAAGGGAACAGAGUGGUGGCACGUGGAAGAGAGAUCUUGGCAUAUCCUGAUCAUCCAGAGAGAUUUGCCCACUGGUCUCAAGUGCUGUCCAGAGAGGGUCUGUCUGGACAGUGCUACUGGGAGGCUGAGUGGAGUGGGGAGAAUGGGGUAGAAAUAGCUGUCUCAUACAAAGACAUCAGCAGGAAAGGAGGAGCUGAUGACUCAUCUUUAGGACGGAAUGACAAGUCCUGGAGUUUGAGCUGCUAUCCUUCCAGUUACUCUUUCUGGCACAAUAAUAAGAGCACUAAAAUCCCUGCCCUCCCCUCUUCAAGAAUAGGAGUGUACCUGGAUCACAGGGCAGGAACUCUGUCCUUCUAUGGCAUCUCUGACACAAUGACCCUCCUCCACAGAGUCAAGACCACAUUCACUCAGCCUGUUUUUCCUGGAUUUUGGCUGGGUAUUACUUCUGGCAUAAAAGUGCAUUACAGGAGAUGA